AUGGCUGCAAAUACCGUGGAUCACUUUGGCCCGAAGCUGGUCGAAAAGGCCGACAAAAUCCAGCAACGCAUGAGCACGAAGGAAGACUCACAGCCUGCCGGUGGCUUUGAUGCGACCCCCAUUCCCCAUGCGCCGCCGGGGUAUACCGUCAAGUUCACCUUCCACCGCGCGGUGGACCUCCCCUUCGCAGAUAUCAGUAGUUUCUCGUCGGAUCCUUACGUCUUUGCGCGUCUCGAGGUCGAUCUGCCCCGCCGUCACAAGCAAGACCCUGGUGUGACAUUCCGAACUCCUACGAUACACAAGGAUAAGAACCCCAUCUGGAACUGUGAAUGGAUUGUCGCGAACGUGCCAGCCUCGGGGUUCAAGCUCAAGACGCUUGUGUAUGAUGAGGAUCCCGCGGAUCACGAUGAUAAGCUGGGUCUCACAACUAUUGAUGUUCCCUCACUCUCGGAGAACUGGUCGGAUAUCAAAGAACAACCGUUCAAGGUCAAGCAUCGCUUCGCUAGUAAGCGGGUCUAUGUCUUGACCAACAUCUCCAAGGUCACGGGUCACCAUAAAGAGUCGUUUAUUUACAUGAGCAUCGAAUGCCUGGGGAAGACUCCGGGUACCGAGGGUGGCCAGAUGUAUACCGUCGGUCCCAAUAUCUGGUUCAAGCACUUCUCUCCUCUCAUCGGACGGCUAGCUGGUGUGAAGGACCAAGUUCAGAGCGAGGAUGGAAGUGGCAAGGAGAUCAGUCGAUACAAUUUCCAAGCCAUCCAGAUGCAGCUAACCGGGCCAGUCCCGUCGCAGAUGUACCACCGCUAUGUAGAGUUUAAGCCUUUCGUGGCAGGCAUGUUCCAGGCCCAAAGCUUGCGAGGUCGAAUCCUGCACAAGGCGCUUCGUCACCAGCAUCAGCGCAUCUACAACUUUGAUCGCUCGACGCUGUAUGGUACCUUCCCAGAGCCUUGCCGGGAAAUGACCCAAAAGUUCCUUGAGUUUAUCCAAUAUGGCCAAGGUGGACGUAUUUUCACCUACGUGCUUAUGCUGGAUGGCCAAUUCCGGUUCACCGAGACUGGCAAAGAAUUUGGAAUCGACUUGCUAAGCAAACACACUAUGCACAGUGAUGUCACGAGCUACAUUGCUUUCUCGGGCGAGUUCUUUGUCCGCCGUCGCAAACACCGCCAUCGCCAUCGCUCUCGCUCGCAGUCCCCUGCAUCACGCCCCUCCACAUCGCAUCCAUCUACUGAGAUUCCCGUUGAGGAGGACGGCGACGAGGACCAUUCCAAGGAGGUCCAGGAAGUCUCCACCGAUCCUGCGGACUAUGAACUUUUCAUCGACAACGAUAGCGGUACAUAUCGUCCGAAUGCCGAGCUUCUACCCUUGCUCAAGGAGUUUUUCGGCUCCAACUUCCCCGGUCUGCAUAUCACGACACUAGACUGCAACGGCGACGCUGAGCGUAUGGGCCAGCUCAAGGAAGAGCAGCGUGAGUCUAAGAGAAAGCAGGGCCACCUCGUCACGUACCUGCAACAGAACAGUGUCUCCUCCCUGUCCAUCUCCAGCUCAGAGGAGGAUGAACUCAACGAGCGCAGCGGGUCUGGCAAACAACGCGGUGAUCUCUCUCGCCGAGUUCAUGAGAUGCGCGAUGUCAAGGGUCAGAUGAUGCGGUGGGUUGAACACGAUGGCCACGCCGAUCGACCCAAGCAUCGCCAUGGCGCCGGGCGCGAUCGAGCAGCUUCGAUGGGUGAGGUUAAAAAUGCUCGCAAACCUGCGUCUGCGGUAGAUUCGGCGGCCUAG